ACCGCGCCAUACGUCUGCAGAUUUAAAUACCUGCUAACCCAUUGAAAAAAAAAAUUACUACUGGGUUACACCUCAAUCUGUGACCGACUUGGAGGUUAUUUUCUGCAAAUCAGUGCACGUCGGUGUGUAGAAAGCCGAACGACUUCUGAUUUGUGAUGGCGUGAAUCUUCUGGAAGAGAAAUUUUCAAAAUUUUGCACUUGUAAUAUGGAAAACACGGCGUUUACCAACUGUAUCCAGUGCCAUAAUGAAUUUGAUGAAAGCAGACGACAUCCGCACGUCUUGUCUUGCCUUCACACCUGCUGUUCUUCUUGUCUAGAGAGAAUCGUCAAUGGAAAACAAAUCUUUUGUCCGGAUUGCCACUCCCAAACCGAAAUUUCCAGUGAUCCCUGCAAGGAACUACCUCUUGACACGGCAUGUCGAAAUUACCUGGACUUCGUCCGCAUCCAACGGAAACCAACAGACAUACAAUGCACGGACUGUCCAGACCAAUCGUCUGCUUCUUCCUUCUGCAAGGAAUGUUUCACCUUCAUGUGUCCAGAGUGCACUACUGCCCACAAGAGAACUGCCAUCACCCGCAAACACUUGGUAGUUCCCGUCAGUGAACUGAAAGAAUCGGGACUUAAUGAAUUCCACCGAAAAGACACGUGCAACAAACCGGGGCACGAGGAGCAAGUCUUCACGUUCUACUGCGACAGACGAGGAUGUGAUAUUCCCAUCUGCACGCUGUGUGCCGUCUGCGACCAUAACCAAACCAACGGUCACCUCAUUCGGAAUCUGAGCGAUGUGUACGAAGAUUCCAAGACUGUCGUACAAAGCGUUAUUCGCGAGAUCAACGCUCGUGGUACGCCCAUGUCGGAAGCUGUGGACCAGUUGGAGAAGGUCGUAGACGAACUGGCGGCCACAGAAACCGACAUCAGUCAGGAAAUUGAUACCAUCUUCGAUAAAUACCAGAAAAUUCUUAACGAGCGAAGAUAUCAACUGCAGAUGGAAGUUCAAAACCACUGUCAAGUGAAAAAGCGAGAUCUUCAAGAAAAAGUCAAGACGUUGAAGUCUUAUACCACUGACGUUAAAACUGCCACAGACUUUACUAAUCGCGUUCUGCUUUAUACCACAGCAACAGAGUUCCUUAACCUUAAAAACGUGAUACUGAGAAGAAUACUUGAGCUAAAAAAUGUGAACGUGUCAAUUCCGGCAAAAGACGAUGUUGCACUAAGAUUUUUGCGAGGGGUCAGUGACGAUUCUUUUGUGCAGUUGAUAAACGGUAUAGGAAACGUCUCUUCUAGAGAAAGCCCAAUUCCACAGAGCACGCUACAUAACGGACACUCUGACACCGGACCAAUGAAGUCUGGCAGGUCCGAAUAUACCUCGCCGAUAAACCAGGAACUCUCGCGCUCACCAGCUAGAACGCCACCUAGCGAAGCUCCAAGAAAUACCACCUCUGUCACCCCAACAACUCCUCAGUCUGUCAAGCGAGUCGGCGAUUCGAUUGCGGUGAGUCGACAGAUGAGCAUUCCAGCAGCAGCAACACCGAUCAGAGAACCAGUUCAGAGACAAACCAGUCUUCCCGCGCCGCUGGAAGAGAAGAAAACCAUGAGCACGGUAGCCAUGAUGAAUGGCAUGCCCAAAACCCCGGCAGAAGAGAAAACAUCUUUCUUCAGCAAAGCGAAACCACCUGAUGAUCACGUGACUGCUGACGUCACUGAAAAGAAACCACGUCCUUCCCCAUUAAAAUUGGAACCAUCUCAACCAUUAGGUUUGGGGGACUUUUUGCGAAAUCUAGAAAUGAGAGGGGAGUUGCCGAUGAAGAAAUCUGAGAAGACAGCCCAGGCAAAUCGGGAGUCCUUCCAACAGCUGAGUCCGGACCGACCGUUCCAGCCCGUCACCUCUCCCAUCUCCCCAAAGACUCCCACGACCAUGCCGCCUGAGCUGAAGAACUUACCUGGUGUCGUGUAUGGGGAUAUUGUUUGUCCGGAUUUCACAUUUGACGUCCUGACUAUUCAUAACGAGCGUGAGGUCUCCCUGGAUGGCAAAAUCUUACGAAAUCGGAAGACUGGUAAACCAAGCAGUUCCGGAACCGCGGAAAAACAAUUCCAAAACUACAAGGGAAUUGUAGGUAAUUUUCCCUUCAAGGAACUUGGGAAAUAUUACUAUGAAGUCGACGUCUCCUUUACUAUUUAUCAGCCCCUGGAGCAAACCUGGCUGGUCUAUGAACUGGGUAUUUGUCGUAAGGAUAUUAUUGACACCCAUCACACAGUGGAGCGCCAUGAGCAUGCGCGAUCCUGCUACGUUGCAAGAUACCCGGAAGACGGCAAAUUGGCUCACGAGUUCUGGCACAACCGUGACCUCUUGACCUACGUUCCACUGUCUGAUAACACAGCGGGAAUCACUGUGGAUCUUACCUACGGUUUGUUGGUGGACACGAGACGAAGGAAGUGGACAAUUGCAGACGUUGGAAAACAGAAGAAACUGCACACAUUUACUGGAAUCGACUUCACGGAGGCGCUUUAUCCGGUAUUCGGUACAUACAACCCUGAUCUGGUCAGUGUCGAGAUGACUCUUCGAACAGGAUCAGAAAUCUCUGCUUUUCCGCCAUUUUUGAAGGGGUUUUAGAUUACAUUAGACUUACACUAUGAUAUGGCGUCAUUAUUGGACGUCAAAUAGCUAGAUGUGAUAAAACCCUGUUCCACAGGUCUCCUUGCAAGAAAAUUUGCACAAUAAGAAAAGAGGGAAGAAACCUCGAAAGUAUUGAUUAGUUUAUCAAUAUUUAAAUUAAUAUUAUGAUAUCAUAUACAGAGGCAUAUCAAUUGAGGACUACGUCAUCAAGUUCUUUUCGGAAUAAAUGGCUUUCCUUAAGCUUUUGUUGAUAUAUCUAACUUUUAGCUAUCUGACUACUGAAAAACAGAUAUGAUUUUACCUAAAACAUAUUGCACCGUUGGAGGUAUUAUUAUUGUUAUAAUCAGAUAGGGCAAGGGAAAUAAGUGCGCUCUCUAUAUAUGGCCUUUUGAACAAUUAAAAUGUGUAUCGAUUGAUGUAAAACUUGAUGUUAUAGAAAUGCGAGAUAUUUUGAAUGAGAGUAUGUUUGGUGAACAGCACAUUUUGCUGCAGCGAUUAAAAUUUAUGAAUUAUUUAUGAAUUUAUUGUAUAAAAAUAGCCCGACGCCGAUUCCAUUAUUUGUCAGAAAAGGGACGUUUUCGAAAUCGAACAUGAUGAAUAAAAAAUGAUUUAGAAAAGUGAAAUACAAUUGUUGUCACAAUAUUGUUGGCAAAGGCCUUGUCCUUGUUGUCUGGGAAUCUUUGUGCCAGUGAAUGAAGUAAUUUAUUUUUGUACGGUAUACAUGUACUUCAAAACCAGAGUGAAUUUAUUAUAUAUAUUCUUAUUACUUUUUUAAUGAUUUUUUUUAUUCUUUAAUUUAUUUAAAUAAUCUUAUAUCUAAUUCUUGUAUUAACAGGUUUGAAUUUAAAAAAAUAAUAUACCUAGAAAAAUCUUGUCGUGUUUUCCGUACAGGUAUAUAGUACAUGUAUAUUACCACCGAGUGUGGGCUUAUCGAUAACAUGAUACUGAUCACUUCUAUUGUACAGAAUGUAUAUAUUUAUUUAAUUUCAUAAAUAAAUUCUUAGCUCUA